AUGCGAGACAGGAGCAAAGGCGAUGACUCAAUAGGCAACGACUCUUCGCCCAAUGGGGCCGUUAAUACCGCACUCAUCAAUGGCAACGGUACUGGCGCCAAUGCGGUGAUCCCAAUAACUGCGCCGCUACCGCAACCAGACAGGAUCGACGGAAGGAGCACAAGGACAGGAUACGUCUACGACGUGCGAAUGAGACUCCACAGCAAUGAGCAUGGAGAAGAAGGGCAUCCCGAGGACCCCAGGAGGAUCUGGAGAAUUUUCGAGGCUCUUAAGAACGCAGGAUGCAUCGGCAGGAUGGUCAAGAUCCCCUCCCGUGAGGCCACUCUUCAGGAGCUUUCACUCGUCCAUACAGAAAAUCUCAUUCAGAGUAUCGAAAAGACAUCAGAAAUGUCGAAAGAAGAACUGUUGGAUGCAGCCGAAAACUAUAACAGCAUCUAUUUCAACCACCACUCAGCCCUUUGCGCGCGCCUAUCCUGUGGAAGCUUACUGGAGCUCUGUCAGGCUGUGGCGAUAGGACAGGUUCAGAAUGGAGUGGCAAUCGUUCGUCCGCCUGGUCAUCAUGCUGAACCAGAUGAGGCAGGAGGCUUUUGUCUUUUCAAUAACGUGGCGAUUGCAGCACGAUACCUACAGAGGCGCCAUGGACUCAAGAAGAUUUUUAUUAUGGAUUGGGAUGUGCAUCACGGAAACGGAACACAGAAGGCUUUCAUCGAUGAUCCAGAUGUUGUGUACUGUUCUAUUCAUCGGUACGACGAUGGGACAUUCUACCCCGGCGACCCAGUAGCUGCUGCAAAUACCGCCGUGGGCGAAGGUGCUGGACGUGGAAGAAACAUCAACAUCCCAUGGCCACGUCCUGGAAUGGGCGACUCUGAAUAUAUUUAUGCAUUUCAUAAAGUCGUUAUGCCAAUCGUUUACGAAUUUGCUCCAGAUUUCAUUCUCGUCAGCGCAGGAUUCGACGCCGCAAAAGGAGAUCACAUUGGCGAGAAUCUUGUCACACCGGCAGCAUACGGACACAUGACACACAUGCUGAAGUCUCUAGCUGGCGGAAAGAUUAUUUUAGCGUUGGAAGGAGGUUACAAUUUGGAUUCAAUUGCAGUUUCAGGAUUGGCGUGCACAAAAGCAUUACUUAGCGAUCCGAUCGAGGCUCUAAAGCCGGCUAUUCCCAAUGAUGUAUGCGUGCAAACAAUUCACGAGGUCAUGGAAAUUCAGUCGCGGUAUUGGAAGAGCAUUACGCCGAUGUGCAUCGAUCCGCUGCAGGAUGCAAAAGAAGGUACGAUGGUGGUUGAACUCGCUAAGGUUCUCAGUGUGUACAGAACAGAGUUCCUGUACAAGCGCCACAAGAUGUUGAAGCUGCCAUUGACGAAUCCGUCCUAUGUCACGGAGUUUUUGGACAGUGUGCACGCAACGUACGAGCCCCAUAUCAAGGUGAGACUAACCUUAAAACUUUAUUCUUCGCCUCUUGUCAUUUUUAGUGGCGAUUUCUGCGCACGGACAAUGGGCGCGAGCAACAUCAUCCGGCCAGAUAAGACCGUUCUUAUUGACUCUGUGGCCGAGUAUGUGGACAAAAUCGUCUCUGGGGGUAAUGAACUGAUCGACAUUGUCGUACCUCAUCAACCAGCAACGGAGGAAGAACGGAUCACCCUCAAAGAAAAGGUUACAGAUCUUUUGACGGAUAUCUGGGACAACUUUGGCAUGCUUGCCGCAGGGACGCGACGCAUCGUCUUGUUGGGUGCUGGAUUUGGAUGCCACAGUUUGGUUUCGUUUAUGAACCAGCGACAGAAGGACGUCAUGGCGACUGUGUCGUGUGUGGUCCUGAUCCCUGGUGGAGAUGAGCCUUUGCCAGUGGUGACCAGGCGAUUGUCGGCUUGGUAUAUGCAGAAUUCGUUCGUGGUUGUGGCGGACAAUCACCCUGUGUGGGAUAAGGUGGACCAAAAAGUGGAAAACCGUAUUGGUAACGUCGUGCGGUCAGGUAACCAUUGGAGCUAUGGCUACUUAUUGUCUUCGGUAUGCGAAUUGAGCGAAUGGUGCACUUAUUAA